AACGCCGCUCCGGGCGCAUAGUGGACCUAGGCGCGUCAAAACAUGCCCCGAAACCACGGAUCGGCCGCCUACGGGAUCAAGAAACUUACUGCCGGAGCCACAGAGAUCUGCACAGGCCAAGAAUGAUGAAUCUGGGCCAGUAUGGAUGGGUGCAGAUGAGAAGGAAGAGAGAUGCAG